UUGCUUCCUUUGUCCAUUGCUAGUUCAUCUUUACUCCUCACAGUGAAGCCAGCUUCUCACAUUCCUCUGUGCAUUGUGUCCACACUCAAUAGAAUAAAUGUGGAGACAGCAGGGUCCCUGUUUCCAGCCUGCUAGCUAGUUUGUCCUCCAAGUUUCACCAUACAGGUCAGACGAAGACCUGACUGACCUGAUGUCACUGUAUGGCGAAAUGAGGCCAAAAAUAGCCCUAAAGGCGUCAAGUUGCAUCCUCCAGUUUGUUGCUGUGGGAUUGGACACACAAACACUGGCUCCACCCCUAACAGAGAAAGUCAUGCCUCUGCAGUCAAACUCACCUGUGAAAUCUGGUCCAGCAACAACAGUUACUGGCACCAUCAGGGUCAAAACCUGACCAAGCAGCACAAGAGCAGACCUGAACAACUGAGCUCAAUUGGACACCAUGGCCUCCACCCUCUCUGUGCGCAGCUUCUCGGUACGUCAGCCGUCCUUCUCCAGCAUGUCUGUGAAGGACAGUAUUCGCAGCAUGCGCUCCAAGCCUCCCGUCUCCAUCAGCCCGUUCUCUCUGUCCCGCUCUGUCUCAGUUGGCAAUGGCCUCAACAUGCUGGGCUCCAGCCUUUCCCUCAACGGCCUCAAUGUGGGCACCAGCGACAAGGAGACCAUGAUGGGCCUGAACGACAGGCUGGCCACCUACCUGGAUAAAGUGCGCUCGCUGGAGAGGUCCAACUCUGAACUGGAGGUGAAGAUCAAGCAGCUCAUGCUGGAGAGGGCUCCAAAAGGGCAUAACAUCGAGGGGAAGAUGGCUCAGGCACAUGCCAUCGGACAGGAGGUGAGAAAGAAGACGCUGGAGAAUGCCCGGCUCAUGCUGGAGAUUGACAAUGCCAAGCUGGCGGCCGAUGACUUCAGGGUCAAAUGGGAGGCAGAGGCCACUUUGUGCCAGUCGGUAGAGAGGGACUGUCAGGCUCUGAGGAGGGCCAAGUCUGACCACGACCAGAUCAUCGGCACUCUGCGAGGAGACCUGGACAGCCUGAAGGAGGAGCUCUACUUCCUCAAGAAGAAUCACGAUGAGACUUUGCCCGAGGGAAUCGCCCACAGUUCAUAG